UAGGCGGAUAUAAUGUUACCAUAGUAACAGCAUAGUCUCAGCUCCUCUGUUGAUUCUCUGCAGUAGCUAACUUCCUGUGAAUAAACUGCCGAAAAGUGGCCUGCUGAUCAUUUCUUAACCACUGAGAUAGAGCGUUUACUUCAGGACCAUUAAGGCUCUGAGGAAGGUAGGAUGUCGAAUGAUCUUGCCGGUGUGUGGGAGGUGGCACUGAGUGAUGGAGUCCACAGGAUAGAGUUUGAACAUGGCACAACCACCGGAAAGAGGGUCAUCUACGUUGAUGGAAAGGAGAUACUGAGGCGGGACUGGAUGUUCAAACUUGUGGGGAAGGAGACAUUCAGUGUGGGCAAAUCGGACACCAAAGCAACCAUCAACAUUGAUGCAGUCAGUGGUUUCGCCUAUGAGUACACCUUGGAGAUCAACGGGAAGAGCUUGAAGAAGUACAUGGAGAACAGAUCAAAGGUCACCAGCACCUGGGUCCUCAACUUGGACGGCAUUGACUGCAGGGUGGUCCUGGAGAAAGACACCAUGGAUGUUUGGUGUAAUGGACAAAAUAUUGAGACUGCAGGGGAGUUUGUGGAUGAUGGCACAGAAACACAUUUCACACUCGGAGACCACAACUGCUGUGUGAAGGCUGUGAGCAGCGGGAAGAGACGAGACGGGAUCAUUCACACACUGCUCGUGGAUGGCACAGAGAUAACUGAAUGCACAGAGUGACUGUGUGUGUGUGUGUUUACAUUCAUAUGAAAGCAGAGGUCUGGUUUGUGUGUGUGACUCUUGUGACUCUGUUUGAGUCGGGGACCAACUGACAAAAAUACAGUAUGCGCUCCUACGUUUGGAUGUCCCAUGCUCUGGAGGGUAUGUUAGCCAUAUUCUGGUACUGUAAAGGUUGUCCUGUAAUUAAUAUAGUACGAGCUGAAGACAGGACCUGCAUCACAAAAAGGGAUUUACUGUCUCAAUAUUUAACUUCACACUGAAAAACAGUUUUGAGUUGUAAACUGGUACUUUAUAUUGAUAUAAAUACUAUCAAUUUCAGUAACAUUAUCAACAUUGGAGGCCAGAUGUGCCAUAUUUAUCUAACUCAGCUGAGCUCGGUUAGCCCUCCGGUCGUUAACAUGAGCUGCUGGUGUUCUCUUACAGAUGUACUGUACAUGUUGUCAUUUUGUAGAAAACAACCACCCACCUUACAAAUAACCUGGCCCAGUAAACCCCAGACUCAACCUGCUCUCCCUGCUCUUCAUACUCGCUUUCUUGUAUUUUUCAACAUUGCGCAGUAGGAGGAUUAAAUACAGGGUACAAGAUUAUUCCUUGAAAGUAGCAUCAUUCAGUGUGCACUGCUCAGGAGUGAACUUUGUUUAGUCCUAUGUUGACUUGUUUGUAUGAUUAGUUCAGCCAGUUGAUAUUACAGUAAUAUGUAAUUAUCUUUUAGCACACUGCUGUAGAUGUGUCAAAACAUCCUAGGGUGUACAUCCUAUUGUCUACAAUUUAAUAUAAAAGCUGUAACAAUUUCAUAGACAAUCGUUCAGAUGUGACGUUAUUGCCAGUAAUAAAUCAUAUACACAGCUGAAGUAAAUCUCUUGCUGAUAUCCAAACAGACUCCCUGUCGUCUUCAGAGAUGUGUGGAAUUCUGUUGUGCUGUCAAAUUAUUAGUUUCUUUUUUUAUGUAAAGGCCAGAUGCUGUGGUUACACAGAAUUUAAGCUAAACGCAUUUAUAAAGUCAUGGUUACAAAUUAAAGAUUGAACAUUUCUCCAAUGUAUCUCAAAUGCUUGUUUACAUUUUGCAAAGAGAGACAUUUACUAUUUUAUUGAGCACUACUAAAUACAGUGAAAACUUUCCAUCAACAACAGUUUUGUGUUUAGACCAACAGCAAAACAAAUCUCAAGGUCCACCCUGUUGUUAAAGUCUCCAUGACAACUUUCAUGCUCAAUAUACUGGGAUUUCUAAAAUUUGUGUUAUUGUAACAACAAUAUGAGGCACCGCUUUUUAUGUCUUUGUAUGUCCCGUAUUAAAGCUUUGUUUAUACAUGUAUUUAUUUUGUUUACUGUUACGGUAUGUUUGUAAAAUGUAAAUUGUUUUGGAUUUCAUUAAAUCCAUGUAGCUGAUCAGGUUUCAUUGAGCUUCAUGAAAGGAUCUUCAAAUAUAAAUUAUUAAAAGUCA